UCCUCUUUGAUAAAAGCAGGAGUGGGUCAAAGUGCACUGCAAGGCCAGACGGUUAAAAACACGCUGUAGGGAGUUUUAAUAAUGGAGGAUUACUAACAUCAAACGAUGAAGAGGAGAGCCGUGAAACACGAUGAUUCAUCCCCCGAUACGAAGGACAGGAGGGCGGCUAGCCCUGGGAAGAAGGAGGGGACUCAGUCCCGUCGGUGGUUAAAAAAGGGUUUACUGGCUGCUGUUGCUGUCUGCAUUCUGGUGCCUGUCACAUAUAAAAUAAUCCCUGCAUUACUUCAGGACAUUAUUUACACAUACAGACUCAGUGUGCCGUUCUUUGUGGAUCUCAGCCAACCUGCUGAUUUGUCCCUCAAUCACACCAUCAACAUGUACCUAACAUCAGAGGAAGGAAUUUCCCUGGGUGUAUGGCAUACAGUUCCUGAAAGUCGAUGGAAAGAAGCUCAGGGGAAGGACCUGAUGUGGUACCAGAACACAUUAAAUGAUGGAAGUCCAAUCUUCAUAUAUCUGCACGGUAACACAGGAACAAGAGCAGCCCCACACAGGGUGGGAGUGGCAAAAUUACUGAGUGCACUGGGUUACCAUGUGGUGGUGCCUGACUACAGAGGUUUUGGAGACUCCACCGGAGAACCGACUGAAUCUGGGCUGACUACAGACGCCCUGUACGUGUACAACUGGGUCAAAGCACGCAGUGGGGACAGCCUGGUGGUCAUCUGGGGACACUCUCUUGGCACUGGGGUGACGUCUAACACUGCAGUCAAACUACUUGAGCAAGGUGUCGUCUUUGAUGGUGUGAUCCUGCAGGGGGCGUUUAGUGGCGUUCUACAUCCGAUACCGUUUAAUAUUUUCAUCUGGUAUUACUGGACAUUUCCAGGCAUUAAGAACUUGUUCAGUUUCCUAACGGAGGAAAAAAAGGUUGUCUUUCCCACAGAACAAAAUGUGAGGAAAAUGAAAAGUCCAAUAUUGUUCCUUCAUUCCGAGGAUGAUCACUUAGUCUCCAUUCAGACAGCUCGAGAGAUUUAUGAGUUUGCUGCAAAGGCCCAAAGUAAAGACAGAGUCAAGUUUGUGACAUUUGACGGUUCUCUGGGAUAUCUACACAACGGCUUAUAUCGGGAUCCAAAGCUGCCGGGCAUCAUAAGGGAGUUUGUGAAGUCGUUGUAGGAGCUCUGGGACCUUGGACAAAGAGUAACAUGAAUGUAAUGUGAAUCUAACGUAUUUUACAGAUCGAGCUCUUUCGCUGGGUCCAAAACGUCUAAGAUCAAUAAAACACAGCAAACUUUAAAAAGCCUUCGAACUCACACCAGAACACUACUGUGAUUUUCUCCUCAAAUGCUCACAUUUUGGAUCCAUCUUUUAGGUAGAAGCUGCUUUAGAUUCAUGUUUAAAUCUGGCUUUUGGUGUUAAAACACAGCAUCACAGAUACAAAUGCUGAUCCUUUUAUAGACAAAUGGGAUUAAAUGUAACCCUUCCACUAUAUGUUUUUGUGCAGGUGAUUUUUUUUUUUGUCUAUUUUGAAAACAUUUUUAUCUAAAUCAUACUCAAAAAAUGCACUUUUUGAAUUACUUGCAAUUCUUUUGCAAAAAUUUUUGCAAUUUUGAACAGUCAUUAAAUGUACUGGAAAAUCAGCCUAGCUUCCAUUUAUCUGCUAAAGAAAACAAAUCCCACAGCAUCAUGAUGCCAUUGCUGUGCUUCUCUGUAAGGAUGAUCUUUUCAGAUCAACUAGGAGUUUUAGGUUUCUGCUACAUAUAGAAUUUUAGAUUCAGGCCAAUAUGUUUAAUUUUUGUGUCAUCUGGCCAUACCACCUUCUCCCAUAUGCUUGUUUUGUUUCCUACUUGGCUUGAAGGAAACUGAAAACAUGACUUCUCAUGGCUUUCUUUCAAUAAGGGCUUUUUCUUCCCACUCAUUAAUAAACACCAGAUUUUGUGGCACAAUUGAGAGUUGUUCAUUAACAAAUUCUUCCACAUAAGCAGUGGAUCUCUGCAACUCCUCCAGAGUUACCAUUGGCCUCUUGACUGCUGCUCUGGUUAGUCCUCCGUCUACCACUGAUGGUGUACAACCAUGUUUUAAUAGUUUUAUUUAAUUUUUUUAUUGAAUCUCGCAUUGUGAGAUGUUCAAAGCCCUGCAUCUCCACAUCUUCCACAACUUUAUCCCUGCUGUGUUCCUUUGUCUCCAUGAUACCAUUUAUUCACUAAUGUUUUCUAAGGCCUUACCAGAACAGCUGGAUUUAUACUAUGGCUGGAAUAAUGACAGGUGGACUCUGGCAGUUGGUUGCAUUGCAUUUUACAUAGGGGUUCAGAGUAAAGGAGGAUGAACAUGCCACCCUAACUUGCUGAUUUUAUUUGUAAACUAUUUUAAAACCAUGGAUAUUUUUUUCUUCAACUUCACAUUAAUGGCCAGUCACAGAAAAUCCAAAUAAAAUGCUUUAAAGCUU